AUGGAGACCUUUUUUGGUAGAUUGUUGCUUCUAUUCUCGCUGGUUGUACUGGUACAAUCCACAUGCAACAGCAGAGACGAAGACCAUGUCUACGAAGCUUUCAAGUCAGUCUCAAACUUCAAAAUUUCUAUGCUCAAUCUCCCAGGUCAGCUCAACUGCUCACAUCCGCCAAUAAAGGAGUUAAAUCUUUCGUCCAGAAAUCUUUCCGGAUUGGUUUCUUGGGAGUUUUUGAGGAACAUAUCACAGCUGCAAACCAUUGAUUUUUCAAAUAAUUUUCUUGAAGCUACAAUUCCAACUUGGUUUUGGUCUAUUCCAAGUUUAACUCAAGUUGAUUUAUCAAAAAAUAGAUUUGAAGGGACCAUUACUUUUGAAACCGUCUUGAAAAAUGGUCCAUCUUCUUCUUCGGUGCAAGUGCUGAAUCUCUCAAGCAACAGGUUCACCAACUUGGGCAAACUCUCUGGAUUUUCGAGGCUUAAAGUUCUUGAUAUUUCACACAAUGAUUUAAGAACUUUGCCGUCUGGGUUUUCUAAGCUCACCAGUUUAAAGCACCUUGACAUUUCAAGCUGCAAACUUUCAGGCAAUAUAAAACCCGUUUCCUCUCUUCUCUCGCUGGAGUAUUUAGAUGUAUCGAACAACUCCAUGACCGGUAGUUUCCCUUCUGAUUUCCCCCCACUUGGUUCUCUCAAGUUCUUGAAUGUUUCACUAAACAAAUUCACAGGUUCCAUUGGCCUAGAGAAGUACCAAAAGUUCGGAAAAUCUGCUUUCAUUCAUGGAUGA